AUGAAGAUAAAUGACAAGAAUUUGUGUGCUUUCGCUUCGUCCGCUACACCAGUGGACCGCGAGGGAUGGCUGGAUUUACGGGGAGAAGUAGGGAAAAACUAUCAGCGACGUUGGUUUACUCUUAAGGGAAAUCUUUUGUUCUACUUUGAUAAGAAAGGAGAUAAAGAACCUGUUGGCGUAAUAAUUCUAGAGGGUUGCACAAUAGAAUUGACAGAAGAGGAGUCUUAUAGCUUUAAAAUAGUAUUCCCCUGUGAAGGUAGUAGGACUUACUUUCUAUGUACCAACUCACAGGCGUCUAUGGAGGCUUGGAUGAAAGCUUUAGCAUGUGCAAGUUACGAUUAUAUGAAGCUUAUGGUUUCAGAACUGCAGAGGCAACUUGAUGAAGCUCAGGCUGAAGAUGCUGCAGAAGCAGCGGCACUAGUUACAAUUACACCACCUGAAGGUGAAGAAGAACCUAAGGUACCCCCACGUGGCCAACGACACAACCCAUUUAAUAAAAUGGCAGAUGGAGAGCCAAAAACUGUGACAGGAAGUAGGCAUCAUAAAGAAAAUAUAAAACCUGAAGUAGUGCGUAAGAAGGUACCUUUCCGUGACAUUCAUACCGCCUUUGGACGCAACAUACUGGCUGAUCGUAGUGAGUGGCGUGCCAGGUUGAGAGCUAGAGAAGAGCCUGCUCCACCUUUAAUUCAACUUUAA